AUGUAAAAUAAUUAAUAAAAGCUAUAAAUGUCUAAUAAAAAUUAGUCAUAUAGCUUAGAUGAACUAAAUUAAAAUUUAAACAAAAUAAUAUAAUAAAUAAAAGAACAAUCUGAAAUUCAAAUACCUCUUUAAGAAUUAUAAUAAAUUCUAUAAGAAAAAAUUUAAAGCUUAGACGAAGAAUAAUUUGAAUUUAUGUUUAAUACAUUAAUAAAAGUAUUAAAUAAACUAUCAGUAUAUAAUAUGAAUUAUAAUAAUUUUGAAAAAGCCAAAAAUUUACUGAAUUUUUGUUCCUAGAAUACCAAAAAUACAUAAAUGAAAUUUUAUGUAUCUUUAAGGGCUUUAACAUUAAAUAAUUUAGGUUGUUUUUACAAAAGAGUUAAAGAUUUUUCUACUUCUCUCCAAACAUUGCAAAAAGCAAUUACAAUAUAAAAUUAAAAUAAUUGUACUUAAUAUAUUGGAUUGACAUAUUUAAAUAUUUCAGCAGUACUAAAUUAAAUAGGAGAACAUUAAUAAGCUCUUAAAAAUGCUGAAAGAGCAAUAUAAUUCCUUGAAAAGCAAUAUGAAGAAAAGAAAGAAAAAAAAAUUAUAGAUGAAGAGUAUAUUUAUACUUGUAACAAUCUUGCAUUAGCUUAUUUUAAUGCUGCUAACGAAUAGGAAUUCUUUUAAAAUAUUUAAAAAGCUGAAGCAAAUUAUUAAAGGGCUGUCCUAUUUUCAAGAGAAGGUAAAAAUGAAAAACUAGAGUAAAAAUUUAACUAAAUUUUAAAACUUUUCAUGGAUUCGAAAUAUAAAAAACAGCAAAUACAGAACAUUAAUUAACAAUAGCCAAAAAAAUAUAUAGACAAAAAAAAUAUUGAAAUAAGAUAAGUAUAUAUUCCUAAAAGUCUAAAUAAUAUUCCAAAACUAAGAAUGAAAUCUGCAGGUAGAAAACUAAUAUAUAUGAGAGAAGAUUAAGAAUUCUAAAAUGAAAUAAAAUCUCCAAUAAAAUAUAAAUAAACGACAAUAUAAAAAAAAUAUCAUACAAUAACUACAUAAAUGAUACGUAAUGUUAAAUAAAAUAAAAUAAUAUAUCAAACAAUAAUAGUAAUUAAAAAAAUAACUUAAUUAAUAAAAAUGAUUUCGAGAAUAGAAAUAUUAAAUUUAAAUCUUCAAGUUAAAAUGCAAGAAAAACAGGGGCAUAUACAGCAGCAUUAAAAUAUCAUAAAACAAAUUAAACAAAUAAUAAAAAAGAAAAAAAUGAUAAUAAUAAUAAUAAUAAUAAUAAUAAUAAUAAUAAUAAUAGUAAUAGUAAUAGUAAUAACUAUGUUACCAGAAAAUUUUAAAGUUCAUUUAAUAAAAUAAGAUCUUCUUCAACAAAUAGUAGGAAAAAUACAUAUAAUACAUAAUAUUUUUAAAAAGAUGUAUAAUAAUUAUUAUAAAAUAAUUUUUCAUAAUCAAACAUAAGCAAUAAUAAUAUAGAACAAUUAAAGUUAAAUUAAAUUAUCCAAUAAAAAAAAGAAAUUGAAUUAUAAAUUGAAAAACUGA